AGAUCGUAAGUCUGUGACUACGCUAUAUUAGAUUUGGGUGUACUCGUAGUGUUCGCAGGCCUGCUUCGCGUAUUUCAUCGAAGUGUAAAUCAAAUGUGAGAUUUCGAUUAUUUCUUCGGAUUAUUAUAUAAAAGUGUUCGCUUAUAGAUAUCCUUUUUUCCACGAAAUAUACAAUUUACACCAUGAAAAGAUUCUUUUAACACAUUUGAAGGAUCAUGCAAAAAUCAAGUUACAUAUCGAGUAUAAAUUAAUGAUUUUAUAAUAAAAGUGGGAGCAUAAAUUCAACGAUUCGCACUUAUUAUUUAUUUCACUUGCUUGGUCGUAAACUUUUGAAAAAUCGAUUUAAAUUGUAUCGCCUACGCCUACAGGUGGCUCGUCGAAAAUUCCAUUAACAUUAGUCGAAAUGGAAUUCGUUUGUUUAACCGCUUUUCAAUGGUUUUCUCGUAAUAAAUUCUAAUUAACCCUUCUUCUUACUGUAAGAUACUAAACGUUAGAAUGGGAGAAAGUCACUGGAAGGAUUGGAGGCCUUUCGUUUAUGGAGGGAUAGCUUCGAUUAUCGCAGAAUUAGGUACCUUCCCUUUAGAUACAACCAAGACUCGUUUACAAAUUCAAGGGCAGAAAUUAGACAAGAAACAUUCUCAUUUAAGAUAUUCCGGUAUGACGGAUGCUCUGGUACAGAUAUCGAAACAAGAAGGAUUUAAAGCUUUAUAUUCUGGAAUUAGUUCGGCUAUUCUAAGGCAAGCCACUUAUGGAACUAUCAAAUUUGGCACCUAUUAUUCGUUAAAGCAAACAGCCAUGGAUAAAUGGAAAACAGAUGAUUUAGUUGUUAUAAAUAUUGUAUGUGCCGCAUUAGCAGGUGCUAUAUCAAGCGCGAUAGCUAAUCCCACCGAUGUAGUAAAAGUUCGCAUGCAAUCCGGUUCCGAUCCAAAUUUAUCGUUGUACGGUUGUUUUAAAGAUGUAUAUCAACACGAAGGUAUACAUGGUUUAUGGAGGGGUGUAGGACCCACUGCGCAAAGGGCAGCAAUUAUAGCUGCUGUAGAAUUACCUAUAUACGACUAUAGUAAAAAUAAACUAAUGGCUCUUCUGGAAGACAGUGUUACUAAUCAUUUUCUGUCCAGUUUCAUAGCAAGUAUGGGAAGUGCAGUAGCUUCUACUCCUAUAGACGUUGUUCGUACGCGUUUAAUGAAUCAAAGGAGGCCUCAUAUUUACAGUGGAAGUAUAGACUGUUUUGUUCAGACAUUUAAAAACGAAGGAUUUCUAGCGUUAUACAAAGGUUUUAUACCUACAUGGUUUAGAAUGGGCCCAUGGAACAUUAUAUUUUUUAUAACUUACGAACAAUUGAAACACCUGGACCAAUCGCAUUGAUCGCUAAAUAGAUAAAGCAAAAGGAGUAUGUAUGUGUGUGCGUGUAUGCGUAUGUUCGUGUAGAUAUACUAAAUUUUGAAAAUAACAGAAAGUAACUUAAUUUUUUGUGUUUACAAACUUUAUUUGUAUAAGCGUUAGAAUAUUUAUACUUAAAUAUAUGAAAGUAAUUACAAACAAAGAAAUUACACAAAAAGAAAGUAGCUGGAUUUUUAUCAAUAGAGGUAAAAACCUAACCAAUGAAAGUGAAUUAAAAAUAUAAAUGUACUUGAUAAAAAGACUAUGUAUGUUCUUCCUAGUAUCUCAAUAAUACUAGUCAACAUUUGAAUCUCUAGUGAUGGAAAUAGCGAAUGUAUAUUGUGUUUGCAUUUCAUAUUUCAGUUUUCAUAUUUCCAGUACUUACAGAUUGUACGAAUUUUCUACUGUGUACGUUUCGAUUGAAUUUUUUUAUAAAACCUUCGAGAACAAGUAAAAAGUACACAAAAGCACACGUUGCACUGAUACAUAUGCACUAUUUAAUGUGUACCACUUUAUUGGAGAAUAAUCUUUACAAUGAAAUGCACGAUUUACAAGGAAAGUAGCAUAUUAAAUGGAACACGUUACGAUUAAAAUUUUAACAAGUUGUCAGGAAUACGCAACAGUACAAAAUAAAACUUAUUAAAAUCUUACAACUUGCACAACAUAAUUAGAUUAUCAACCAACAUUAUCACUAUUUAUCCAUUGAAUAUUGUAUGAUUGUUUCAAAUGUAAUUUAUCUAUUAUAUUGUUUCCAUGUUAAACGUUUUCAAUGUAAUAUUCACAGUCAACCUUGUGGACAAACGUUUCAACCGUAACAAGUAUUAUAUGAAAAUCAUAACAUUUUGCAAUCCCAUACAAUUAUUUUUCUGUCCUUCCCACCAGUUAAAAUUACAUUAUUUUCCGCAGAUACUGCUAAUGCAUGAAUUGGUCCUGGAAAUAAUGUUUCAAUUGUUUAAGAAAACAAGUUAAUUUAAACAAAAUUAUUGUACAAUGUAAAGAAAUAUAAGUGAAAUAUAUUUUACCAUCAUGACAGUGUACUUGUGAAAUAAAU